AACAUAUGGAAGAUAAUUUGCACGAAUGGUGCUUAUUGGAAUAUUGUCAUAUAGCAACGGUUAUAAAUCCUCAUCAUCUAUACUUUACUAAUUUAUCCAAAUCAUCAGAAACGUUACUUAAAAUUCCUGAAAUUCUAAAAGAUGCCAAUUUUCUUACAGAAAAUGUUACAAAUAUGAAUAUAUCAAUGGAUAAAAUCUGUCUUUUAGAUCCCGCCUCUAAUCAAAUGUUAGAACCAACGGAUGGGGACACUUUUGAAUAUUUUUUAUUUGGUGGAAUACUUGGAGAUGAUCCUCCUAGAGAUCGCACAGCCGAGUUAAGACGUCUUGGAUUUCCUUCGAGAAAUCUUGGUGAGAUGCAAAUGACUACAGAUACCGCUCUAUACGUAACAAAGAAAAUCAUAAAAAUUGAUAAAACUGAAUCUGUGAUUAUGCCUUUUCGUUAUGUCGCGAUACCUGAUGCUCAUCAAUCUACUUUACAAACAACCAACAACGAAAUGAAACAAAACAUCGUCCCAUUAUUACCUUCAGGGAUGAUUGAGUUAUUAAAAAAAGAUGGGGAUAUGGCAUUUGAAUUUUAA